ACUUUCAAAUAAAAAAAAAUCAUAGGAUUUACAUCUACAGCUGAUAAAACUUUUUGUUAGAAAAUGGCCACCACAGUAAAUCCUAUUAGGAAACACAAUAAGGGGGCGCUAGUGAGCACCGUAUGGAAUAGACGUGUUUUUUUUCUGGCUCCUCACCACUUAAAAAUAAUUCCAUAUUUACAUUGAUAUUUCACUCAUAUUUCGGUUUCCCCGUGUUAUGACUGACUGCUUUAACAUUGAGGAUGACUAAACCCAAGGCGGAUAAAGGAAAGAAGCAAGAUAAGGCUUCGGAAGAGACGACUGGGCAGCACGUGCUGGAGCUAGCUACGCAAGCUACAACCGCAACAGAAGCUGAACUAGCAUGUGAGCAUGAUACGGGAUCCUCUACCAUCCUUGCUGCAAUAAAUAAUAUGAGCAAGACAAUGAAUGUCAGAUUUAAUGAUCUUGAAGCAACCCUCGCUUCAACCCAGGCAUCUUUAUUAAACCUCGUCGACCGGAUUAAGGAGGUGGAAGAAGCU